CCACGUCGACGUCUCUGCGAGAUCGCGUGUUGUGCAUCGCAUUCGCACCACCGCCACCACCACCGCCACCACCACCGCCACCACCACCACCACCGUCGCCACCGCCGCUGAUAUUAUCGACACCACCUUCGCCGUUAACGUUGCCAAACAGUCAUGCUGUUCGCGGGCGAAGCGAGAAAAUCGUGAGGGAGAUCGGCGUAGAGACGAUCUGGAACAGUCGAGAUGAACGCGAGCGAAUUGGCCGAUCGCGAAUUAACGGUUCAUCGAAUGUAAUUUCAGCCGGUAGCAUUCACGCGGUCAAACAAAACAGAGAAGAAAAGGGAGGGAGGGAGUGAGAGAGAGAGAGAGAGAGAGAGAGAGAGCUCGUUGAUUGAUCAAUCGGAGGGAACAAUAACUCGAAGCUGAUGGCAGCAACGGGAGAAGUGGAAAAUCGCAAGCGGACAUUUGUGCACUUCGUAGCAGAUUGACGAUAAUGCUCGAUUCGUGCUCGAACGCGCAUUACGCUGUACGUAGGAAAGUGUUUCCACAUCGUGCUUGUGAAUCCACCGUAUCACCGCGGGGUGCGACGUACACGAUCAGAAACCGCAAGGUCCCUACCACCAGUGGCACGUGUCACUGGCCGCACGUGUCACAUGACUCGCGCGAACAACCGCGAUUUCGCGAGUUCGUGCGAAAUCGCGCGCGUCGCGGCCGCUUUGAGAAAGACAGACUGAUUCGAGCGUGUCUUGCCGUCUACCAACUCGCAGCAACGCAACCUUAAGGUGUCUUCGUGAUCUGGGACUGUUGUUGGAGGAGGACACACUGAGGUGUUCUUUGCACUUGCGGAAGAUAAGAGCGCAAACUUCGCGGUGAGGAAAGAAGGGGAUCCAAACCUUUCUUUCCGCGCGACAUUGGUUCCCAGUACGUGUCAACUGUCCAAGCGUAAGCUUUGCGUAACAUACUUCGCGAAUGUUGAGCCAAGUACACGUUCACGCUGUGCGCCGCGCUUCGGAACGACGAGUCGCACUUGAACAAUACGCGCGCAAAAUAUUUCAUUCGCGGCAUCGCGUUGCCCCUUUGACAAUGUAAAACUUUCAUUGAAAGUAUACGCGGUUAUGAUUGCCCGCAUUGGAUCGACGAAGAUACUUCAAACGUACGGUAACUUUGUUCCCUUCCCUCCCUUCUCUUUUUUCUCUCUCUUUCUUUCUCACUCUCCACGUGGGCGAGAGCAAAGCAUCUCAAAGUUAUCGCGUAAUUUCCAGUUCAAAGAACUCAGAAGAAUUAUCACGUUUCCUCGGCGCUGAACCGGCAAACGACAACUUUUCCCUACCGGCUGUGCAUGCUCAGCUGAAACUGUAAAGUGUAUUUUAACGAAAUCACACAACGCGCACACCAGAUGAUAAACGGAUACACGCGAAUAACCAGGCUGUUCUGUCAUCAAAGAUAUGAGGGUCUUCCCGCUUAUAGUGAAAUGUGCCAAGUAUAUAUCUAUCUAUAGAGGACACUCUUUUCCUGACAUUGCUCGUGCACCCGAGAUAACUGUCAUUGACGACACUAAGUCGAAGAUAUUGAAAGUUGUAUAAAAUUAAUCCGAUAUAACUUGCUGUUAAUCUGGCAGCGCGAUAACUUUUAGUCAUACGUUCGAUCAGGCGGCCAGCGGAUGUCGUCACUUAGAGAACAUCAGCUGCCGUGGGUGAUAGUGUCGUAGUAUGUCUGUCAUUGAUGUAAUUUCAUGUGAUAACGUGAUUAGAGUAGAUCAUUAUUCUCUAUUAGAGCCCGGCCACGACAAAAACAAGAUCCCGAGCCCUCAACUUACUCGUGCCACGUUCUUCAUGACACACGUGAGCCGCAAACGCAUCUGUCGCGUGGACGAUAGUGACAACUCGAUCGAAGGGAAACAGCGGAGCUGCAAAACGCGCGAGGAAGAAAAAGUUCGUUAACCGUGCCCCCUAACGACUAGCCUUGCACGUGCGUUGCGAUCGCCACCCGGGGAUCACCCUGCGCGAAGAUGAAUUCCAGUCAUGAGUCAAACGACAAUCUCACGUCGGCGGAGAACGGGGACUACACGUGCGGCGCGAAACUCGAGUCUUUCCACAACAGCUACGCUCAGGUGCACGGCUGGGCGAGCCUGCAGGUGUGCAUAUUCGGCUCGAUCGCCAACGUGCUUAACAUUGCCGUGCUGACCCGCCGCGAGAUGCAUUCACCCACCAAUAUGAUCCUGACCGGGCUCGCGGUGGCCGACUUGCUCGUGAUGAUCGAGUAUAUACCGUACGCGAUCCACAUGUACCUCUACCAGCGUUCCCGCAGAGACACCUUCACCUACGGUUGGGGCGUCUUCGUGUUGUUCCACUCGAACUUCGGUCAAGUGUGCCACACAAUCUCGAUCUGCCUAACAGUGAUGUUGGCGAUCUGGCGAUACAUCGCGGUCGCGUAUCCGCAGAAGAGCCGCGAGUGGUGCAGCUACACCCGCACCGUGCUCACGAUCAUCGGCGCCUACAUGUUCUGUCCGAUACUGUGCGUGCCGCUGUACGUCACCACCGAGGUGAGACCGCACGUGGAGGUGUUGGACGAGCAAGGCAUGAGCGUGAACCUGACCAGGCUCAACGGCACUGUCUCGCUCGAGGGCGCGACCAACACCACGUUGUACUUCGUCAAGCUCACGGAGACCGCGAGAAUGCAUGCGGCGCUGAAGAAAAUGAACUUUUGGAUCUACAGUGUGGUAAUCAAGCUGAUACCUUGCUUGGCGCUCACCGUGCUUAGCUUCAAGCUGAUACGGGUGCUUGUGGAGGCGAAGAGACGCAGGAAAAAGCUCAUUCCGAAGAAUACUAAGAUCAAGAUGAGCAACGGCAAAGACGCCGCCUGCGAGAAGCCGUGCAAGAAGAGGCGGAAAGGCGCCGAUAAAGAGAAGCAGACUGACAGGACCACUAAGAUGCUACUCGCGGUGCUCGCAUUGUUCCUCAUCACGGAAUUCCCGCAGGGCAUACUGGGACUGCUCAGCGUUAUUCUGGGCACAAGUUUCUUUAAAACGUGCUACGUCAUGCUGGGAGACGUGAUAGAUAUCCUGACGCUCAUAAACUCGGCCAUCAAUUUCAUCCUGUACUGCGCCAUGAGUCGACAAUUCCGGACGACGUUCAACCAGCUGUUUUGUAACCGACUGUGGCAACUAAUCGGCAGAUGGAUGCCGGUGCCGCAUCAGCCGAUGGAGAAUAACGGAAACACCGGGACCAAUCACACGAUGACCCAGGUCACCCAGGUCUAGCGUCGAAGAAACCGACGAGCCCUUUGCUAUCCGCUCUCUUUACCGCCUCCGGCCAUUCGUUGGACGCCGGUUUCGCACGCGAACAACGAAGAAAAAGAGGUGAAAUUUGUUUACUCGCUACUGCCACCGUCUACUAAUUGCGUCAUUGCGAACUUUAUAACGUCCAGGCUGUGAUGGGCGUGUGUUCCCGACGAGGACGCUCGAGGGCACUUCAUGCUCUGAGUGCGUCACAAAUGUUUGCUUCAGUUGAUCGACUGUUUCCCCAGCAGUACUUUUAAUUUUGCACGCUACUUAUUAAACCUACCCACGAUCAAUCAACAACUGCGUAUGCAGGCAUCGUCGAACCCGAAAAUAUGCACAACGAUGUCGCAUUUGUCCACGAACGUGAUCCAUAUACUGAUGACAGAUGAUAGACACAUUUUCGCGAUAAGUAAACGUGAAUGAAAACGUCACAAAUUCUUGUCAUUGUCAGAUUCGCGAUUUUCACUCAAAAAAGAUAUAACCUUAUUCCUAAUGGAUAUUGUCCUAUGUAUGGCCUCAAGAGAUUUUUCCAAAGUCAAAAGGAAAAUGUUCUAAGCGCAAUAUUUUUGAAGUUCCUCUUUUAUCUAUAGUACACGCGGAAGAUUUUAUAGUAAAAAUUACUCUAGAAUUUUGUGGCCAGAAAUAGUUUCGUCUCAUAUGUGCUACGGAAAUGUGCUAUGAAAAAAUGUGCUAUAUUUUCAGAAAACAAUUUACAUGAAAAGAAACUAUAAUAUUCUCUCCGUAUAUGAUUCUUGUUUCUAAUAGAAAUUUUCUCUAGUAACAAGACACUCUGCUUCAAGUAAACAUAUUCCUCUUGAUACAAAAGGGAAAAAGUCAGAAUAAUAUCUAGUAAAUUUUCGAUAACUCAUUUCAAUAGAAGAAGAAUAUUCUUUCGGUAAAAAUUUUCGUUUAGAAUAUGGAAUUACAGGAAAAAACACCUUACAGCUAAAGUUUUUUUUCUUUGAGUAUUAGAAUAUUUUCCUUUCGAUUUUAGAGGAGUUUUCUUCGGGUGAUAUGUAACAGAAUAUCUGCUAAGAAUAUAAGAUUAUAUUUCUGCUAAGAAUAUAAGAUUAUAUUUCUGCUAAGAAUAUAAGAUUAUAUUUUCUAGGUAUUACAAUGCAAAUCGUACGAUUCCGAGAUUCUUAUUCGUUUAUCUUUAGUUAAAUAUUUAUUAAUCCUGCAGUAAUGAAAACGGACGAUAUGCAAUGGGAAAAUCAAUUAUGACUCAAUUAUAACUUUUUUUUCCUGUUAUUUACAAGGCAAUUCGCUUCUUAAGAGCUUAUUAGAAAUUUUUAUUUUGAUAUACUUUAACUACCGUGUGAAAUUCUCUUUCUAACAUGUAAGAAGUAAUAAAAUAUAUACAAUUCUUAUGGAAUACCGCCGAAUCAGAAACAAUGAAUAUAUUGGUGGAAAUGAUUAUUUUUGGAGGCACAAUGUGUGUGUUUAAGACAAGCUAUAUUUUUAUUUAAAAAGUUUUAAUUACCAUAGGAGAAAGAGAUAUAAUGUUCCCGUCGGAUUUUAUUAAAAAUAUCCAUUACGAAUUGCGAACUGUACGCGGAAUAAUAAACGUAAGUAACAAGUUAACUUUACACGCGGAUCGAAAUAUUGCAUCGGGUGUACUCAGGAGGUAAAAUAAUUAAAUACUCCCUCUAAUUACGUAUGGAAUAAUACGAAAGUUGGCAUCGUGUUUUUACCGAGUCGCAGAUAGACGACUUUGUUGCGGAAUUAUACGUGAGUGCAGCGAGACGAGAUAAAAGCGUACGUAAUGAUUAACAUAAUUAUCGAUGCAAUGCAAGAUGUAGGAUGUUACAUAAAAGGCCAGUAUUGCGAUUACGAUUCACAUUCAUGCAGUUGAAUAUUAAAAAAUCUCGUCUCUCGCAACUCUUUUCUCCUUUACUCGAGGUAAAUGCAAAUUUCUCAUUCGCAACUUGUGUUUCGUUUUCCAAAAAAAGGGGGUAAAGGGCAAGAAAAUAAUGCCAAACCCGUUCCGCAAACUGUUUCCCCCGCGAGAUUCUCUUAUAAUUAAAAAAGUAUUCGCAUCUCACCGUCGACAACGCGUUUACGAGUCCCUUUGAAAUCGUCGAACGCAUUCCAAUCAGGAAUUCUUUUUAACCGGCAACGAAUCGGCUCGUUCAGUUAAAUCUCGUAAAGCGAGCCUCUCGAGUCGCGGCGCACAAUUAACAUUCGCCGAAAUAUUAAACGACCGUCGAAGAACAAAUGGAAAAGGGAACAAAGUAUCGGUCUGUUCUCGAUUCCAAGCGCACGCCCGCGCCACUCACGGAUCCGUUAAUCCAAUUGUCGCGUUUGCGACUCGCGCUCGCAUUUAUUGAGGGGCCAUGCUCGAUGCCCCCAUCGAUCCUCGCGAAAGUUCAGCGAAAACGGAUUACACGCGAAAUAAAGAUCCACGGGUCGUGUCGCCGCGAUAAAUUAGAGCUCGCUUAACUCUUUAAGCCAUAAUGGAACGUUAACAUCUCGCACGCAGAGAGAAUAUUAUAGCUUUCUCAUAUAUAAAUUCUUUUCAAUUUCGCUAUGUUUUUAUUGUUUCAAAAACAGACUGCCAGUAAGCUCUAUUUUGUUAAGGAACGAAAGUUUAGUGAAUUUCACUAAAAACAUAGCAAGUAUGUUAGUUCUGGAAAUAUAUUUUAGGUCUUGAAAUAUAAAGUAGCACAUAUGAAAUUGAAAAUGAAUUACUGUAGAAUGUCAAUCUAUUCUUCGAUUACAAAAUCCAUUAGCACGUUUUAUCAUAAAAUUAUUUCCGUGUAUCUAUCUUUUCUUCAUUUUUAGUGAUUUUAAUUAACUUAUCAGCAAACAUAAUCGACUAUAUUAUUACUAUACACUCACAUGAACGUAAAGGUCUAAAAAUAAGUAGAAAAUAAUUUGAACAUUUAAUUGUUAAAUUGUUAUAAGCGAAUAAAAAAAGUGAAAAAUGUACUUUUUCAAACAAAAAUCAUUUUAGGGCUAAUUAUUAGGAAUCGACGCAUCGAAAUAUUAACAGUUUAUUUAGGACAAUUAACAAUGUAUUUUACAUAUUUUUUCAAAAUUUCCAGAAAAGAAUUUUGUAUAAUAAGCUGAAAUAUUGAUAAUAUGUUUGCUACAAGAUUCCUGUCAAGAGAACGUAAAUAUCUUUUUUUCAUAUGAAGGAAAUGUCGUUAUUUCUGAUUAUGCUAAAAGCGAGAUUGCUAACUUUUACAAACUUAUGCUUGUUAUGUUGAACCCGCCAUUUCAAAUUUUAACUUUUUAACCUGAAAUUCGUAAUCAGUGAUCCUGAUAUUUCCGAUAUAUCAAAUUUGAAAAUAUUUCACCGAGAAAUGAAAUGGCUCCAAAAAGUUAAAAAGAAUAUUUUAUGUUAAAUAGCUGUCUUGUGAUUAAAUUGCCGUAAUUAGUGCGCGGCACAAUGGAUCGCCGUGAUUCGUCAUUUUUUAUUUGCGGUCGACCUUCUGUCAUCUUGAACAAAAUCGAUUUCGCACGUAAGUGGCACAGAACGUGUAAGGGAGAACUCACACCUUAGCGGAAAAGCAGAAAACGGAAAAGCAGAAGCCUGAACAGAAUUCGCGCUACUAAAAAAGUAGAAACUGUCCACCACUUCGCGAUCAUCAACGCGAAUUGGCUUCUGCUUUUCUGUUUUCUGUUUCUCUACCGAGGUGAAUGCCGCUUAAAAAUCGCCACGAAAAUUAUAUUUUUAUUCAUUCGAGUGGAGCGAGGGCGCGCGUCCCGUGGGAAAACUCGAUAAAUUAUCGCGGAUUUUAUUCCUGCGGGCUUUUCAACUGUCGAAUGUUAAUUCUUUAUACUAUCUUCGCUUAUAUCCGGCCGUCAUUGAGAGACACGAUAUUUCCAUUACGUAUAUAUUCUAAUUUUAUUUCCUAAUUUAUAAAUGUGGCCUCUCGUUGGUCUCCAUUUGCGUACAUUAUUUCAGAUUUUCAGAUUAUGUCUGUCAGUAUUGCAGUUGAUUUCACGAUAAACAAAACAGAAAAGAAGGAAGAAGAAGAGGGAAAAAAAGACGUAGAAAAAAAACAAAUCAAAAUCCGAUUCUUAGGCUAAGCAAAAAUAUAACUAAUUUCGCCCCAUUUCCCUUGCAUUCUAAUUUACCGUAAAGAAUAUAGACGUAAUUGACCUCCCAGUGGUUUAAGUACCUCGAUCAAGGAACUAUCUAUUGUAAGCAACAAAAUGACUCGCGCAGUCGGGAUCUUCUUGCGAUACGGGUAAUGUGCUUUUUUAGUCGAGAUAAAAUACGCGGUGACGUAUAUGUCAGGUUAAGACCUUUCCGCGUCGGCAAUGGAACGGAACAUUAUCCCCCGCGUAAUCUCGUAAUAAGAGAUAAUGUCAAGCACUGCAAGUAAUGUCCCCUUUUCGUGAAAGAGAUUCAUUAGCGGAACCGUAGGCAGAAGAAACAACAAGCUAGCCGUUAUUACGCCGGAAGAAAAAAAAGAGAAGUCAAUCACCGGAUAUUGUCCUGUGAAUUUCACGUUACGUGUUGUUUAGAGCGGAUAGCAAAGUCGUUCGUUGGUCCCUUCGCGAUGGGAAUCAAUAACAGCUGAUGUGAGAUGUGAUAAUCGUCGAAACGAUUCUCGUGUUUGCGAGAUGUGUCGUAAAUUACAAGUUUUUGGAGGAUCGUUUACGAAUUGCGAAUAUAUCACAUUUAUUCGAGAGAGAGAGAGAGAGAGAGAGAGAGAGAGGGGGAGGGGAAAAAGAAAAAGAAAUGUCUCGUACCCGAGAGAAAGGCGUCAAGUUGAAAGCCAAUUAUGGGGAUCAAUUGAUGGAUUCAUGUUUCAUGAAGCCUUUUUACGACGCCGAGGUAACAAAGCGCGCUCCUCAUUUUCAAAGACGUUGAUUUGCCGGUCUUUUGUCUCGCGUUUCUCGAAAGCGAUAGUGUACCGUGUAAAGUGCACGUAAACGCGAGAACGAAGGAAACGUGGGACAAAGGGAAAUAAAUAAGCGAUGGCUGCUGAUAUUGUGCUAAAAAAAAAAGAAAUAUACUCAGCAGACGAGAAAAGAAAGAGAGAGAGAGACCCCUCAAUGUAUAAAGCGCGAAGCGAAACUUGUUAAAUGUCAUAUCAAAUUAUUUCAAACGUUAUAAAUGUUUACUGAAAGAGAAAAUGUGUGGGCGGAUUUGUUUUA